AUGAAUCACAAUCCACCUCACAAUCCCAACCCAAACCCAAAUAAUCAAGAUGUUAAUACCCCACCCCAUCAACCAAGACAACAACCACAAGAACCUCUCAUUGAUAUGCCACCUUGGAAUCAAGCCCCUCCUCAAAACCAACCUAAUUAUCAACCACCACCACAACUACACAACCAACAAUUCUACCAAAACAACCAACUUCAAACCAAUGCUUUUCAAGUUCCACAACAAGUACAUUACCCGAAUCAACCCAAUUACCCACACCCUCCAAUGUACCCACAACAACAACCUCUCUACACCAAAUACCCUAACUACCAACCUUAUCCACCACCAAUCUACAAUCCCCAACAAUACCCAUACCCACCUUACCAACAACAUCCCAAUUACUUGCAACAAUAUCCCAAUUGUUGCCCAUUCUACCCAAUCCCCCUUAAGAGUUGA